CACUCUUCCACAUUUUCAGACUUAUACGUCUUUGACCAAAUAUCUCUCUUUCCCCAAAUCUUAGCCAAAAUGCUCGAUCACGUCCUUUGCCAGGUCCCCCUUUCCAAGUUUGACGAAAUCGUCGCUUGGUACAGCACUGCCCUUGCAACAAUUGGGUACAGCAAACAGAUGGAGUUUCCAGGAAAAGCCGUCGGCUUUGGAACCAGCAAAGGCGAGGUACCGUUCUGGAUUGCCUCCAAAGAAGAUACAAAUGGUGGUGGCUUCCAUGUGGCAUUCAGAGCAAAGGACCAUGAUACCGUUGACAAGUUUCACUCCGAAGCUCUGAAGGCGGGUGGAACCUGCAAUGGCAAGCCAGGACUCAGAGAGCAUUACCAUCCAAACUAUUAUGGCACAUUCGUGUUGGAUCCCGUCGGGAACAACAUUGAGGUUGUCGAUCACUCGCCACAUUAGCAGUGCAGCGGACACUGUCUGAAUACGAGAAGAUGUAUCGUCAGUGGCAGGGGUUGAGGGUUGGUGAAGUGUCUGUCAUGGAGAGCGGAUUUGAUCUUGAGCAGAUGUGUCUGAAAUCGGAUUGAUAAUCCUUAAAUAUCUUUCCUUCAAAC